AUGGACAACAACGCCCUCAACAAAAAGUACCGGCGAAAGGGCGGUUCCCUCAAGAAUGUUCUAUCAUCACAGGAUGCGGUUUUGAGAAUCUCGUUCGCCAUGAACGUGCUGUUUGGGAUAACAUGGCUAUGGUCCAGACUGAUUGGAAAUGAAGAUUCCUUCAUGUGGAUUCGAGGAGAUGAGCAUGUGUGGCAUGGUGGUGGCACUCCAUAUGACAAUGAUCACAGAGGAUCUUGUUGGUGUGGAGCCGAUGGCUACUGUCUAUGCACACCAUUUGUGGCCUUUGAUUUGAUCCUGGUGUCACAAGAAGAUGAUGACACAUUUUUCUGGGUGAAACAACGAAAGGAUACCAACCAACUGGCCACUAUUGGUGGUUUUUUGGAAGUUGGAGAUUCCUUGGAACUGGCGUUGCAUCGCGAAUUGAAGGAACAAGUGGGGAUUGUGUUGGAACAGCAAAGUGGCAACACACAGUUUCAAAUGCUGGGAGUUUAUUCUGACCCGCGGAGAGACAAUCUACGAAGGAAUGUAGCAGUGGCAUAUGUGGUUAGAUUACCUCAUGCCAUUUACCCAAAAGAAGCUAAGGAUGUCAGAAAGAUUGCUAUCAAGGAUAUUGAACAACAUGACUUCUAUGCAGAUCACAAGAUGAUGCUGCUAGACUACCGACACUCCCUUCAGGCUGGUAAGCAUGGAUUGGCUACUACAACCUCCUUAAACGGUGCAUUGGAAGGUGUGAAACUACAAAGUGCGCAGAAAGCACUGGGAAUCACUCGGAGCUUGUGUAUGUAG